CCGCUGUCAGCUGACCGGUGCGCCCAGAGUCACAUGACACUCCUCAGCUCCGAGCACAGAGGCGGGCGGUGUGUAUUCAGCUGACAGCGGAGUGAUCAUGGCGGGUAUGGCCCGUGGAAAGCUGAUCGCUGUGAUCGGGGACGAGGACACUUGUACCGGCUUCUUACUGGGAGGGGUCGGAGAGCUGAACAAGAACCGGAAACCGAAUUUCCUGGUGGUGGAGAAGGAGACGAGUGUGACGGAGAUAGAGGAGACCUUUCGGGGUUUUCUGCAGCGUGAUGAUAUUGGAAUCAUAUUGAUCAAUCAGUUCAUCGCUGAGAUGAUUCGCCAUGCCAUCGAUGCCCACAAUCUCUCCAUUCCAGCCGUGCUUGAAAUUCCAUCGAAAGAGCACCCAUACGAUGCCAGCAAGGACUCCAUACUGCGGAGAGCUAAGGGCAUGUUCACUGCUGAGGACCUGCGAUAAUUGCUCAUCGUCUGGAGGUUCCUGUUCUGGGUGUUGUGUAACUCUUUCACUUCCAGAAUUGCACUGUAUGUCAGUGACCUGUUAAUAGUGGAAACUGUCUGUAUGUGUUGUACUUUUUUCUUUUUGCCCAUAUAAUUUAUCUCAAGAGCCUUCGCUGUAUUAUUUUAUUAAUGGUCUCUGUGUAUAAAUAUUUGCUGUAAUCUAUGACCUGUUGUGUUCAUCCAUGUUUCAUGACAGAUAUUGAAAUGUUUAUCCACUGCUAUGAUAUUCUAUGAUGUACAGAACAGGAUACAUACAUAGAACAUCAGAUUUGUAAUGCUCAGCAAUGACUCUGCACUAGUGAGUGGUCUAAACAUAUCUUGUGCUACUUUCCCUUCAUGUGUCCUACUAAUAAAGAUUUCUAUAUCUAUGCUAAACAAAGCUACCCCGCUGGCUGUUGUAUUCAGACAGCUGGCAUCUGUCAGAAUACCUGAACAGUGAAUGCAUCUGGGUGGACAAUUUUCAACCCGACUACUUUCACGAAACUUGAUUUGAAAAAUCUAAUUUUGUUUAGCUGGACAGUCUUGCCAGGGCCUCCCACAGCUUGAAUAUUCAUCAGUUCAGCAGGAAUUGUCCAAAAUUUGAGCUGUGUAUGUCAGGCUUUAAUUUCUGGAAGAAAUGUCUGUGUUAUCAGUUGUAAACGAUUACACUUAUCUUAUUCUUUGGGCAGAAAAUAUGUUGUCAACCUGACUUCAGGGUCUCCGCUCUGGCAUCUAUGUCCCUUAUUCGGUGUAUUCAGCUGAGGGUGCAGGUCAGGAUAGGAGUCCACCCUGCCUCCAUGUAAUCUUCAGAACAAGGAGAAAAAUCUCAGCCACUGCACACCAUACAAGCCCAGUCUGUAAUAGGUGAUAGCCUCAGCCUAACUCUAUCCAGGCCCCAACCCCACCACUGACCUGGAAGUAUAAUGCCUAAGCCCCCUUGUGUGGGGCAAAAUAUAUUGGGGGGGGGGGGGGACUAUGGUCCAAAUGGAGUUAAGCUGAGGCUGUUAUCACCAGUGUUAAAUGCCAGGCCUGUAUGUUUCUCUUUGUUCUGCAGAAAAUAUAUUAUUUAAUAAGUGCUCUGUUAGUUCAGUCCUCGGUUGUUCUUCAUGUGGCAGCUCAUACUGGCUGCAUAUGGUGGAACAGUUCACUCAUGUGCUUACCCUGCUAUAGAAGGUGUCUUGGCCCAAAAAAACUUGCAAUUUGUUUAUAAAAACGAAUUGCUUUUAAUUUUAAUUUAUUCAAUCUAUUUUUUGUUUUGUGCAUGAACAUGCGUUAAAGGGUCCAAGUGAAAAGGAAAUCGCAAAAACACUUGUAUCAUGGUUUUGGCAUCUGCCCAAUGAAACCUGCCUGUCCGUAAUGCUCUUUGUAUGAUGCGUAAUUAAACAUGCAACAUUUACUGCAUACUCAUAGAUGUGAAAAAGACCUUAAAAUAUAUUUAAAGAUAAAACUUUUGUCAUCUGUACCCAUUGGGGGGGGGGGGAAUCUUCUUUCCUGUCUCCAAAUAAAGUGGAAGAUUUUCUCUCUAGCCCUGUUCUGGUGACAACUGACAAUUCUGGAUGUUCUCAUAUUUUGUCUUUGGGAGAAUGGUCAUCAAGACACAGAAGAUGUGACUGUCCCCAAUAUGGACACAGAUCAGAGUGGGGAAGACCUUCAUUACCCUACCUGAAACAAAAAAAAAAUGUUAAGCUUUAGAUGUGCUUUAAAUCUGGAUGAGUACUUCCUUUUUUUUUUUUUCUUCAUUCACAAGAUAUGGAGUAAAUGAGAAGCCAGAAAGCUGUGCGCUGUACAUAUUUGGUUUUAAAGAUCUUUUUGCAAAAUGUGUAUGCUGUUAAGUUAUUCAUAAUGGAUUAAGAGUUCUAAAUUUUUGAGCAGCUUUUUGUCAUGGAAACUGUAAGCAUGUUCUAAAUAAUUUGAUUCAUCAUUGUUGGCUAAUUAUAAAUGUUUGUGUUUUAAUAAAUACCCUGACAGUGGAAGUCAA